AUGUCGUCUAUUUCUACGGGACUGUCACAAAGGUGGAUUCGUCAUCACAAGCUAUUAAUGUCACCUGCUCCCACUCUAAAAAAAAUUUCUCUGGAUCCAUCGUCCAUCCCUCAUAAUUUUACUUACGUAACAGCAGUUAGUACAAUUGCUAGUAAACCAAACAUCACAGAAACAACUGUUUCGUUCGACGCAACAUGCAACGUUUGUUAUUCCGAAAAAUACUACCUCCAACGACACCAACAUUACGGUUCUCCUCCGUCGUCUCACCGGGCGAUUAUUGCCCGAAGCGUCGCAGAACAGUCACCCCCACAAAAAACCAAACUUCCACCACCCUCUCAAGACCACCGCGUCGGAAAACUGAGUCAAGCUCCAAUGACGAC